CGUUUUUCCGCCCUUUCGUGAAGGAUCGCGUUGAGAUCCCGUUGCCCUUCCUGACUCACCGCUGUUCUUCUCAGCUCUUGAUACGAAUAAGUCGGUCAGGAAAUAAUAAUCAUGGCGUUUAAAGACACCGGUAAAGCCCCGGUCGAGGCCGAGGUCGCGAUCCACCGGAUCCGCAUCACACUGACCAGCCGUAACGUCAAGUCUCUGGAGAAAGUGUGCGCUGAUCUGAUCCGAGGUGCGAAAGAGAAGAGCCUGAAGGUCAAGGGCCCCGUGCGGAUGCCCACCAAGACCCUGCGCAUCACGACCCGUAAGACCCCGUGUGGAGAGGGCUCUAAGACCUGGGACCGGUUCCAGAUGCGGAUCCACAAGCGCCUCAUCGACCUGCACAGCCCGUCCGAGAUCGUGAAGCAGAUCACCAGCAUCAGCAUCGAGCCCGGCGUGGAGGUCGAGGUCACCAUCGCAGACGCUUAAUAAACUCGUCUCGCAACUCUGA